UUUUUUUUUAUUUCUUUUCUUUCAAUCUUAUCACCUUUAUUAUAUUAGAACCAUCUUUUAUCAUCAUGAGACCUCCUACAGUUUCUAAACAUUUAGAUCAAUUAUCUUAUUUGGAUGACUAUAUUGAUACUAUUGAAGCACUUCCAUUGGAACUACAACGUAACUUUACAUUGAUGAGAGAACUAGACGGUUACGCGCAAGAACUCAUGGAUACAGCGGCAAGUCAGGCGAUCGACUUGAUUGACAAUAUCAAGGAAAUGGAUAACAAACGACGUAUUGAAAAGUUAAAACUUUUGGAUGUGGUAUUAACAGAAACAUUGAAACGUGGUGAAGAAAAAGUAGCACUUGCAAAGUCGACAUUUGACGCGGUGGAUCGGCAUUGUAAUCGAUUAGAUGCCAAUUUGGUGAAAUUAGAAGAAGAUCAUCCAGUGGGUAAUCUUCGUAUUACAAGUUAUCCUGGUUUGGAACCAUCGUCAAGAAAUUUACGUGAAAGUAUGGAAUUUAGAGAAAAAUCCUUGAAACGAUUGGAACGUGAACGCAAAGAAAUGAAGCCGGAGAAGAAAAAACGAAAAAUCAAGGAUGGUAAUCCUGGAACACCACCACCUGGAAAUCUCAUUCGAACAUCACAAAAUGCAAAAGACCAAAGAACUCCGAAAUCCCAGGAUAAAACAAGGCCAUUCAGUACUGGCAAAUCCAAAAAAACAUCAUCCAAUAGUGAUAUGAAUAUCGAUCCAAAUGAACCCCUUUAUUGUUAUUGCCAACAAGUUUCUUUUGGUGAAAUGGUAGCUUGUGAUAAUGCUGAUUGUGAUAUUGAAUGGUUCCAUUUGGCAUGUGUAGACUUGAAAACGGUCCCCAAAGGAAAAUGGUAUUGUGACAAUUGUUCUAGCAAAUCAAAGGGCAAGCAGCAACGCAAAUAGGGGCAAAUGAUCAUGAUGGUGAAUGAUGAUUAGAGAAACAAGUUUUUUUAUCAGGCGUCGGAGCUGAACGUAUUUGCGUGAUUGUAGAAAAUAAAAAGAUAUCAUUGGCUAAUCUCCAUCUUUAUUCUAGUUAGUUACAAAAAGUUUAUUGUAGUUAUUAGUUUUUAUGGAUAUUGAAAUAAACAAAU